GCCAUAAUUAUUGGCUCUAAAUUGUAAAUAAAUCGUUUGCAAAAAAAGCACACAUCUCGUGCGCGUAUUUGUUUUCAUCGAUCGAGCAAUUUGAUCACGUUUUGAGCGACCCGAACCAAUACUUUCAACUCCGCCACUUGCCAAGCUAAUUGAGGCGGUCGUGUGAUCACUGAUCAGCAAUUAUUCGUUCACGCGAUCAUUCUUCAGUCUUUGGCCAGCUCCCGAACCGACCUGAUCUUCUCCAGAGCUCCCCGCUCUUUUUACUGAAAAGAAUUACGACUGAAAAGAAUUCAGUUCUCGGGUAAUUCGAAAGAACGUGCCCUUCGAACAAACAACAACAUCAAAACAUUUGUUUAAAUACCUAAAUCCACUAUGACCCUCAGGGACUGGGGAUACCGCUUGCUGCCGGGUCUGAAGUGGCUGCACGGCUACACUGGCCAGGAUGCAGUAGCGGAUCUGAUAGCCGGAGUCACAGUUGGACUCACGGUGCUGCCACAAGGACUGGCCUAUGCCACCUUAGCAGGAUUGCAGCCACAGUAUGGCCUGUACUCGGCCUUUGUGGGUGGCAUCAUAUACGCCAUGCUGGGUAGUUGCCGGCAGGUGACCAUUGGACCCACGGCCUUGCUGGCCCUGAUGACUAGCCGGCACACGGGAUUCGGAUUGGGUUCUGGACCAGCUUACGCGAUACUGUUGUGCCUCAUCUCAGGAAUCGUUGAGCUGGGCAUGGCAGUGCUGAAGCUGGGCGCCCUGGUGGAUCUGAUAUCACUGCCCGUUACCGUCGGAUUCACCUCGGCCACCGCCGUCAUUAUUGGCACAUCGCAGUUAAAGGGUUUGCUGGGUCUGAGUGGAGGAUCCGGCUCUGAUUUCAUCAACACGAUGCGUUCUGUGUUUGGAAAUCUUCAUAAUGUGCGACAGGGCGAUUUCACCUUAGGACUGGUUUCCAUUAUAGUUCUGCUGCUGCUAAGGAAACUCAAAGACGUAAAGCUGGACGGGCGAAUCAGGAACUUGCGGACGCAGCAGCUAAUCAGCGGCAGCAUCUGGGUCAUAGCCACGGGUCGUAAUGCUCUGGUAGUCCUGGUGACCAGUGCGCUGGCCUACAGCACCUGCGAGCAAAUGGACAGCUGUCCGUACAUACUCACCGGAAAGGUGAAGAGCGGCCUGCCCAACGUCUCGCUGCCCAAGUUCGAGACCACCAUUCUGGACAGGAAUGGCACCGAGAUCAGACAGAACUUUGAACAGAUGCUCUCGGAACUGGGUCCAUCCAUGAUAAUACUGCCCAUAAUUGCUGUACUCGGCAACGUUGCUAUUUCAAAGGCCUUUGGAGGAGCUGGACUGAGUCCCACGCGGGAACUGGUUGCCCUGUCCAUAAGUAAUAUCUGUGGCGCCUUCUGCAGCUCCAUGCCGGUGACAGGAUCCUUCUCGCGAAGUGCUGUCAACCACGCGAGUGGAGUGAGGACUCCCCUUGGAGGUUGCUACACGAGCAUACUGGUGCUCCUGGCGCUUGGUUUGUUGGCUCCUUACUUCCAGUACAUCCCAAAGGCUGCGCUCAGUGCGGUGAUAAUUUCGGCGGUGAUAUUCAUGAUUGAGUUCGAGGUGAUCAAACCGCUGUGGCGGUGCAGUCGACGAGAAUUGCUACCAGGUGCCAUUACUUUUGUGAUGAGUUUGGCGGUGGGCGUCGAGAUCGGACUUUUGCUGGGCGUGAGUUCCGAUGUGGCCUUCUUGGUUUACCGAGCCGCUCGACCCGUGCUGAGUGUCUCCAAACUGCAGACUACCAAUGGUAUCAACUACAUUUUAAUCCGUCCCAAGCACAGUUCACUGUACUUCCCGGCCAUCGAAUGGGUUCGCUCGGGAAUCUCUAAGGCUCUGACCACGCACGGCACCGCUCCUGUGGUCCUGGAUUGUGCUCAUGUGCAUGAUUUCGAUUUCACGGCCGCUCGAGGAAUGGGAUCGCUGCAAAAAGAGCUCGCCAAGGCGAAUGUGCCUUUAUUCCUAAUGAGUGCCGAUAAGGACAUUGGUGUUAUCCUCAAGGAGUCGACCAAUAUUGAUUUCCCCACGAUAGACUGCCCAGAUGAUUUGGAGUACCUGUUGGAGCAAGCUUGUUCUUCUGUUUGAAUGCUCCCAAAGCUACAAUGCCACAUCUCGCACCCUCCAUCUCUGUUUAGUCUCGAAACUGAGUCUUUGUGUAACUCAAACUUUGUUUUUCCAGCUCCCGACUAUGUUCUGCAUUUGCAGAUCUCGGCUCCGCUUGUUGAAUCGCGUCUAGGACAUUGCGAUUUGGGAGAACCCACUGAACUGAGUAAACUUAAUGGAAAAUCCACUUAGAUAGCAGAAGGCUCUUAUUGGAGCACAUCAGGAUAUUGUUGAUUUUAUAAGUACUUAAGUAUACGUUGCGGCACAAAAUCUUAUUUAUGGCAAGUGCAGACCGAAAAUAGUUUGUUGAAAUGGUAUAGUACUCUAAAGUAUAUGCCGCUCUCUGAACUUCCUCUAGUAUUUAACUCGAGACACAUUUCAUUUUCAACUGUUCCAUUCCUAAGUUAAACUCUGCCCUCGAAUAGGUUAAGCUUAAAAUGUAAAUACAUCUAAAUAAGGUUUCUACAAUUGUUUUAAAUUUUAAAUAUGUGUUUUAAAUAUGUGUUCUCAAAUAGAAAAAUAUUAUUAUAAUCAGUUCGUUGAAAUUAGAUGCGUCUAUUUUGGCAUAUUUUGUGUACAUUUGUAUAACUAUAAUAAUAAUUUAUUAAAAACCAGCACAAAGCUUGCACACUUAUUAUUUUAAAGAUAGAUUUCAAAAGCAUUGCCAGAAAUGUUUAAGCACAUCCCCAAAAGGCUGCACCACAUAGCAAAAGAUGACCAGUUUUCUUUAAAAUUUUUUUAUUCAAUCUUAAAAAA